GGCGAACGUGACAGUUACCGACCUUGAGGAGCUGCAGGAGCUGUUGAUGGUUAAUAUAGAGAACAACAAACAUCUGGUCACAGGGUCAGUCCGAGCCAAGGUACUGAAAUGGGGUGAAGAUGUAACAGAAUUUCAGCCUCCUCCUGAUUAUAUACUAAUGGCUGAUUGCAUUUACUAUGAGGAGUCAUUAGAACCAUUACUGAAGACACUGAAAGACCUUACUGGCCCUGAUACGUGCGUCUUGUGCUGUUACGAACAGAGGACUAUGGGAAAGAAUCCUGAAAUUGAGAGAAAAUACUUUGAGCUGCUUCAGUUGGACUUUGAGCUGGAAAGAAUUCCCCUGGAUAAGCACGACGAGGAGUAUCGCAGCGAAGACAUUCAAAUCGUGAAUAUCCACAGGAAGCAAACCCAUUCCUCCAGCGUCAAUGUGAUUAACCAGUUUCACUACUUGGAGCGCUUCCGGGAGGACCAGGAGCAGGAGCUGCUAGAGAGCCUGGAAGAAGGGAAGGAGAAGCUGUGGAGCCCCUUCUCCCCCAGCGCACAGUCACAGCACAGUGGGGCUGGUGUGACACUGGCAUGGUAG